AUGCCACGUAAGCUACGUAAGAAUAUACGUAAGAGGAAGAGAGCAUUGAAACAUCCAAUAGUAAAACUGACACCACAACAACAGUUGCAACAACAAAUGCUGAAUGACCCCACCAUGUUGCAACAAAUGUCAAGCAACCCUAUGCUCUUAAACCGAGUUUUUGGUGCACAGAGUGGAGGUUUAAGAGCGGCACUUUUAGCGAAAAUGGCAGGCUAUGGUGGAGCUGCAGACGGAACAGCAUAUAACCCUCAAAGUCAAAUGAAUUUGAGUUCACUCAAAAAUCAAAUAUCAGAUGUCAAAAAGUCAAACAUAGACAUACAGAAGCAAAUAAGUGAAAACGAAAAGAAACUAGAAUACGACAGACACACAAAGAAACUCAAUGAGUUAAACGUAGAGAAAAAGAAGAAAGAAGAACAACUGAAAGAACUAAGUACAGAGCAAUAUGCAAAAAAAGUGUCAGAAAAAGCAGCAGAAGUAGCAAAAAUGGAACAAGAUGUCAUAAAUUUGAAAAACCAUACUAUUCAAUAUAAAGUACUGAAAGAUGAAGAAAUAAAACAAAAAGCCCUGAAGACAUAUAUGGAUAGCGAUGAGUAUAAAAAAGAAGUUGAAGCAAAUGUAAAGGCAGAAAAACUUUUACAGUUGCAAAACCAAACCAUACAGUAUGAAAACUUAGCACAAGAAAGUAAAAAUGACGACGCGGCUAUGCAAAAGGCAAUGAAAAGCGCAGAAUAUAUAAAAGCUAACAAUGACUGGUUAGAUGCCCAAGCCAACGCUAAAGCAGCCCAGCUUAUAGGGUCAAUAAGGACAAAAAUACAAGCGGAUGAAGACAGUUCAAAUGAAGCUUUAAUGAAUGCUGACUUUAAGAACGCCUUCGAAGCUCUUCAUAGUAAGGUGAAACUAGUGAACGACUUCUCAUCUGGAAAGAAACUGAAGUCUGAAGGUUUCGACAACGAGUUAAGAGAAGUAGCACAAAAUAUGACGAAAAUAACAGAUGCAGCAACGAGACAGGCAGUUCAAAGUGCCUAUGACGCCGUUAGAGCAACUGUUGUGGAAAGUCAAGAAAAAGAGUUACAACAGACCAAAACAGACCUAGUAAAUGCUUUCUUAAAAACGAAAGGUCAGGUAGGACAUUACGCUGCAGAUGGAACUUAUAUACCACCAAACCCUCCAAGAGAAGCACCUGCACCAGGACUACCUAAAACAUUUACGAUGAAGUCUCAACAAAACAUUGACGAUGAAGUUCAUGACAAAGUCUUUACAAAACAUUGA